AUCGCGAACUUUAUUCGAGACAGCAAGACAAACUUUUUUUCUGUUGGACUAAUAACAUUUUGUAGUACUCUACUAAAUUGUCUCGCCCUACUUUCUACUUUUAAUCUACAACCUCCAACCUCUCCCAAAAAUGUCUUCUCCAAAGAGGCGAAAGCUAUCGCCCGCCGCUGAAGGCCAAGAUGAAUCUCCCGACUCCGAGACCGUAGAGGGCUCUGUCGUCGAUUCUACCCCGAAAACGUUUAAAGAUUUGGGCAUCGUUGAUGCUCUAGUCGAAGCAUGCCACUCGCUUGGCUACAAAAACCCCACACCGAUCCAGGCGCAAUCGAUUCCCCUUGCUCUACAGAAUAGGGACCUCGUAGGACUGGCUGAGACUGGUAGCGGAAAGACGGCCGCAUUUGUCCUACCUAUCCUCCAAGCCCUCCUCGAGAAACCUUCGCCCUUCUUCGGUCUUAUACUAGCUCCUACUCGCGAGCUUGCAGCCCAGAUUGGCCAAGCAGUAGAUGCUCUCGGCGCCUCCAUAUCAGUAAGAUGCGCCGUCAUCGUCGGCGGUUUGGACAUGGUCCCCCAGUCCAUCGCCUUGUCCAAAAAACCUCAUAUUGUUGUGGCCACUCCGGGACGACUACUGGAUCAUCUCGAGAAGACGAAGGGCUUCAAACUGUCAAAUACGAAAUACUUGGUUAUCGAUGAGGCCGAUCGACUCCUAGACAUGGAUUUCGGCCCCAUACUCGAUAAACUGCUCAAGUUCCUCCCGAGAGAAAGGCGCACGUUUCUGUUCAGCGCUACGAUGUCGUCAAAGGUCGAAAGCCUACAGAGAGCCAGUCUACGAGACCCGCUACGUGUCAGCAUCAGCAGCAACAAGUACCAGACCGUCUCAACUCUACAGCAAUACUAUGUCUUCAUACCGCAUAUGCACAAGGACGUAUACUUGAUAUUCCUGGUGGCGAGCGAGUUUACCGGACGGUCUACCAUAAUAUUCACGCGGACCGUCUACGAAACUCAGAGAGUCGCAAUCUUUCUUCGAUACUUGGGUUUCGGGGCAAUUCCUCUCCAUGGUCAAUUGUCACAAUCUGCGCGAUUGGGUGCUCUGAACAAGUUCAAAUCAGGAUCGCGUGAUAUCCUAGUCGCGACUGACGUUGCCGCGCGAGGUUUAGAUAUACCCAAAGUUGAUGUCGUAAUCAACUACGAUUUACCUCAAGAUAGUAAAACAUAUAUUCACCGAGUCGGAAGAACUGCGCGUGCGGGAAAUGCUGGCCAAGCUUUAAGUCUAGUUACGCAGUACGACCUUGAAAUCUACCAGCGGAUCGAGGCAGCUCUAGGUAAGAAAUUGGGAGAAUACGAGACUAGUAAGGAAGAGGUUAUGGUCUUCAAGCGUCGAGUCGAGGAGGCACAACGCCACUCGCGUAACGAGAUGAAGCAUCUGCUCGAAGACCGGGGUAAUAAAGGAUCAGUCCUGAGAGGUCGCCAUACGGCCAAAGGCUCCGGGAAAAGACGACAUGACACUAUGGACGCCGAGGAGGGAUAAGCGGCGAUAUACGAUUAUAUGAAUGAUAACUUUCGAGCACAAGGGGUUGGCGAAACAUCCAAUUAGAUUACCUACUGUAGAUACCCAACAAUUAAGAACUAAUGUAGUUUUGGUCGGCAACGAUGAUAUUAGUAUCAAACACGUACCGGCGACUAUUUUAUAUCGGCCUGUUAAUCAUGAUAAAUGUUGACCAGUGAUAUUUACUCAUUGUAUAACCUAGAGGUUUACUUUUAUACUCGAUCCUCAGUGUCUCGGGGUAAAGAAUGGAUCAGACAAACGGCGCGUAGAAUAUUCCCUAACUAAAUAUCAAUAUCAGUACUAAUACGUAUACAGGGAGCUGUCCAUUUCAUCCAAGUCAUGUCUCAGCCAAUCCCAACUGAAUGGUUCUUUAUGAAACGGAAGAGGAAUGUGUACUAAUAAACUAAUAAGACGUCGAGCCGGGCCGAC